AUGUUUGGAAAAACAGCCAAAUCUUGUUUUUAUAACUGUGAAAAACCUACCAAAAAAGAAAAUGGGAACAGGAAUAAAUGGCUUUCUGAAAUCCUAAACAAUCACAGAGAGAAGAUACUGGAAGAGCUGGAUGUGAACAAAGUGCUGUCAUACUUGGUUUAUGAGGGAGUCUUUUCCUUGGAGGAAUACAAAGAUAUUUGGUCCCAGGAGAGCUAUAAGAAGAAAGCUGAAUAUUUUUUAGAUAAACUCACUUUAAAAGGCCCAAGUGCUUUUUCUGCUUUCUGUUCCAUUUUGGAGGAGGUCUGUCCCCACUUGCUCACAUGCUUUCUCCUUGACUAUAAAGACCAGAUGCGGAGAGGGUUCCCAGACUUAUCAUCUGAAAAAACAAAACUGAGGGCUGUAUCAGAGAUGGAUCUUCAUGAAACCUAUGAGACCAUUAACCAGGAAGGAAACCCUUCUGCUGAGGAAAAACUGAAUCAAUCAUUCAACAGGGUAACUCCAUCAUCUGAAAAUCCGAAUGGUGCUACGUGUAGUGUGAGUCAAGGAAAACCUUCUUUAAGAAGAAUAAAAGGGAGAAUACAUAGAAGCAAAAGUCUUGAUAGCAUUGAUUUCUGUGAGUUCAAUAAAUAACCAUGUAAAACAAUAAAACAGAAAGACAUGGGAGAGACCAUGGAGAUAACCAUAAGAAUACACCGAACACAAGCAUGAAUAUGAUAAACAGGGUGAAAGGAGAAGGCACCAGGAACAAAAAGGUGGUCUACAGUACAUCAGGGGAAGACUGUACCUAUGCAAUA